AUGCCGGCAGUUUGGUUUUCUUUAAGGAGGUCAAUGCACUGCCAGUCAGGACCAGCAGAUGUUCAUGAUCCAAAUUUUCAAAAGAAGAAUCUGAGCAAAAUAGUAACGAAAACAAAGAAAUCGUCACCGUCAACAGGAGGGAAAUCGGGAUGUUCAAGAUCUUUAGCAAACCUUAAGGAUGUCAUCCAUGGAAGUAAGAGGCACAUGGAGGAAAGACCAUCAACAAUGGGUACAACAACAACAACAACAAAUGCCAGUCCUAGAUCCAUUGGAAGUUCAGAACUCUUGAACCCAAUUGCCCAUGAAGUGGUCUUGUCGAAUUCAAACUUUGAACUAAAGAUCACAGGCUUUGGUUCCUUGCAAGAUGGAACCGGUGGUGGUGGUGGUGGUGGUGGUGGUGGUGGCGAAGGUCGUGGGGUUUUUGGCAUGGUUUGUCAUAAAUGUGGUGAACAAUUUGUGAAAUGGGGAGCUCUAGAAUUUCAUCAUCUCUCCAAACAUGCUGUUACUGAGCUCAAUGAAGGAGAUUCAUCUAGAAAAAUCGUGGAAUUAAUCUACAAAACAAGUUGGUCAAAAUCCCACACCAAUUCUGGAGGAAUAGAAAGGAUCUUGAAGGUCCACAACAUGCAAAGAACACUAUCUGAAUUCGAAGAACAUCGAGAAACUGUGAAAGUCAGAGCUAGCAAACUCCAAAAGAAACACCCUCGUUGUCUAGCUGACGGCAAUGAGUUACUAAGGUUCCACGGCACACUAGUUGAAUGCAACCUUGGCCUUAAUGGAUCCUCUAGCCUUUGCCAAUCCACUAACUGCAACGUUUGUCAAAUUCUACGACAUGGGUUUUCAAUCAAGAAAAAUGGCAACAACAAAAAUGUAGUUGGGAGUGUUUUCACUACUUCAACAAGUCAAAGGGCAUUUGAAGCCAUUGAUGUCAACAAUGGUUCUAAUUUGAGGAAAGCUUUGAUAGUUUGCAGAGUGAUUGCUGGGAGAGUUCAUAAACCAUUGGAGAACAUUCAAGAACUUGCUAAUCAGUCGGGGUUUGAUUCAUUGGCUGGAAAAGUUGGGAUUUAUUCAAAUAUUGAAGAACUCUAUUUGUUGGAUCCUAAAUCAUUGCUCCCUUGCUUUGUAAUAAUUUGCAAGUCACACAUGUAAAGGAAAGAAGUUGGGGGCCUAAAUGGUAACUGGCAUAGGCUUAUUUGUUUUUAUCUUCUA